UGCGGGACUACUAAAUAUAGUAGGUGUAGUUGACGUUGAUGUUGAUGAAGAAGAAUCUGGGGAUUGAUACACAGAGAGCGUGACGAGAUUUCCAUUUUUAUUAUUAUUUUUUUUUGCUUUUUUCCUUUCUGGGAAAUUUAUAAAGCUAGCUAGCAACAAAGAAAGAGUGGUAGUAGAAUUUGCGAUUUGAAAAAAUGGCGGAGGAAGUAGACGUUGCUAAGGCUGUUGAACCUGCUGCACCCUUGGCAGCUGAACCACCUCUGGCGUCGGCAGUUCCGCCUAACGACGUCGUUGAGGAGAAGGCUAUUGUGAAGGCGGAAAAAGCUUCAGAGCCUUCAGUGCAGAAGAGCCCCAAAGGAUCUGUUGACAAGGAUGUUGCUCUUGCCGAGGUUGAAAAUGAGAAAAGAUUGUCCUUCAUCAAGGCAUGGGAGGAAAGCGAAAAAACUAAAGCAGAAAACAAGGCUCAAAAGAAGUUGUCUGAAGUUUCAUCAUGGGAAAAUACCAAGAAAGCAGCUAUUGAAGCUAAAUUGAAGAAAAUUGAGGAACAACUGGAGAAGAAAAAAGCAGAUUAUGGUGAAACAAUUAAAAACAAGAUUGCUGAGAUUCACAAGCAGGCGGAAGAGAAAAAAGCCAUGGUUGAAGCCAGGCGUCGUGAAGAAAUCCUUAAAGCAGAUGAGAUGUCUGCUAAAUACCGUGCAACUAAUCAAGCUCCCAAACAGGUGGGGUGUUUUGGAUGCUAAGCUUCUCCGGGCUUCUAAUAUAGCAUGAAGAACAAGUUUCAUUAUCCUUGUAAAUUUGUCUAUUUGUUGUUGUACUUGCGUGUUUAUGGAUGCGAGGACACAUGUUUUUUUUUUUUUGAAGUGGUUUGUAUAGAAAAAGAGCUUAAAGCCUGUGAAAGCAAGGCUUAUGUUUACGAUUUCUGCUACUGUGUAAUUCUCUCAGUUCAUGAACACAUUCUGCUUCUGCAAGUCUCCUCCUCGGUUGGAUGCUUGUAUUUGCAGCAAUGGUUGUGUUUUGAUUGCAUUUUUCA